CGCUUGCAUAACGUUCAAAACUGAAUGGUACUCGGAUCGUUCGGAUAACAUGUUGAGAAAUAGGCAACAAAUAACUGUCUAGUGAAAAUGGCUAAAGAAACCUUCAACUUUCCAUCCAAAAAUUGUCAGCAUCAUAGCAAGCGAGAACUGUUUGCAAACUAUGGCAUCAGUUCAACAUUUACCUACCAAUAUUCUGAGCAAAUGGAUGAAGUCUCAGAAAAUUUCAAUCAACUUGUGUUACAGAAGCCAGUGGGUCGUCAGGUGCCGAGUUUAUCAGCGACAUCAACUGUCUUACCACUAAACUCGAAAUGCAAGGACGUGCAGUCAGCUUACCAGGAUCACAUAAUGGGCCCCAUUCUUAAACAGAAUAAAAAGCUGACAUCAUUUAUGAAGAUGAUCAAGAACACCUAUGCUAACAGAAAAGACGUCCAAGCAGCAAGGAGGACAGGACUGCGUAUCUUCCAGGUAUCAAUGCAGGGCAUGAUAGAGGAUCCUUCAACUGUAGACCUUAAUGUUGUGUACGGUUACAUGCCACCAUGGCUGGAAGAAGCAUUCACCGCAUACAGGGAAGUGCGCGACAUACAGACUGUCAGUAUAUGCAACUCUAAGUACAGUGGUGGAUGUUUAACAGCAAUUCCUUUGGAGGGGAGCCAGUGUUUGGUAUCUGUUGAGGGCAAAGACUGGGACCAAUUGUCACUGCUGCACAUCAACGAGGGCAAGUCGGGCCUCCUACAUGCACGUCCACUGUGGUCAGCAAAGUUGAAAAGCAAAAUAUACAGCGUAGGCUCAGAGACAGUGCAAGAUGCAGUGUAUGUAAGUGCCAGGACUUCGAAGAUCUGCUCUCUCUACAAAGCCCAAGGAGACUCAAAUCAAGGAGUAGGUCUUGAAAAGAUCUACAAAAUCAGAUUACCAGAUGAGGAGCAUGUCCAGUCUCUCACUAUCAGCCCAUACAUCCCAGGUGAGUGUUUGGUCAGUACAGACACAGGCAUGGUUUACGAGUGGACAGACAGACAGCUGGUUCCUUGGUCAGCCAGACAGCAGCCACGGUUCCCGGUCAGUGACCCUUGGAGCUGGGUCCAGUAUGGUGGCCACCCGAGACAGGCCCUGUUCUGUGACCAGACUGCCCUUCAAAUGAUUGACCUGCGGACGCAGGUGGCUGUGGACCUGUUCUGCCUUCCAGACUCCAGUCUGCACAAGAGGGAGAGACUGCGAGCUUGUGGGCGCCACCCUGCCAGCAGUCUGUACAGCAUCCUUGCCACAGACUAUAGCCUCAUGCUCAUGGAUCAGCGCUUCCCAAGGUGUCCGGUGCUGAAAUGGUCUCACAUGUUGACCACACCUCCCCAGUACAUGCAGUGCCUGCGGCCCCAGACUGACCACUCUGUGACCCGCUCCACACCACCGCCGGACGUUCAUUACAUCUACCUAGGCAGCCAGUUCCCACCUGAGGUGGAGGGUUACGGGUUCACAGGCUCAGAGCCUGUGUGCAUGGUUGGGCAGCCACAUGGACCUCCUAGUUAUAGAGAUCUACCUUUGUGGCCUCAGUACAUGGCGCAGUGCAACAAUGCGGAGAUGCUGAAGGGCAGACUGGAUGUAUCUAUGGCUGGUCUCACUCUACACACCCACCCGGGCAGCCACACUGUCUAUCAGAUGGAUUGCUUCGGGGAGAUAUUCUAUCAGAAAUUCCAAAUGGACAGUUCGACCAAUAAGGAUGUGACAUUCUCUGCUGGGCUAGGGUCACAUGACCUUUUUCCAGAUACCAUGGUAACAAAGCAUGUGCAGAGCUGGGUACACAGCUGGGAGCAGGGUGUGUUGAAGAAAGAACAGACGACAGUGUUUAGGGGAAAACAGCACAUCAGCAUGGGUCUCCAAUAUCUGAGGCCCGCCCACAACUCUUGCUGCGUGUGCACCCCAGGCCUGUACUACAUCCUUGGUUUGGAGAGUGAGCUCUCCACACUGGGCCGCUGUGAACGCUGUCUGGCAUCCCAACUGGAGGCCUUCCAACUCACCAAGUCUGUCUACAAGAACAAGAUAAUGGAGUCGGUGUCGACAGCAGAGCCAAGCAAACUGACUGAGGUGAAACACUUCCCUGCAACAACUGCUCUCACUAAACUGAUGCUGAAACACUGGGACAAUGAUCCAGAUAUUGACGAUAUUAUGAUGGAAUGGGACAAGGAAGUAAUAGAGCAGCGGAAGAGGCAAAAGAUGCCAAAGACAAAGGAGCUCAGAAUGGACUUUGCAAGUGUUGCUCAAAGACUCAUGGGAUAUCAGAUUUCUGGUUCCCAAUCAUCACAUCAGACUUCAAGCCAACUGGAAAUCAGUGGAAGUGAGGUUGGUUCAUUAUGGAGUGGUGGGAAACAUAAAAGAAGGAAGAAAAACAGUGUUGUUACCAGUUCAAGUCACUGUGGUUCCCAGGGUAGUGUGAGGCAAGGAACAACUCAUGGAAAUGUUAGUGGGACCAGUCAGGAUGUAUUUGAUUUCAUGGAUGAUGCAUCAAUAGUUGUGCCUGUAAUCAGCUCACAGCAGUCUAUAGAAAAAUCACCAGCAGUAAAGAAAACAAGAAGGGCUCAAGCCAUGCCAGCCGUCACAAAGAAACAAAAUUUAUCAGCAACAAAUCUCAGUCAAACAAAAGACUUCUUUGAUACGUCGUCAGUCACAGCGAGCUCAGUUCAAGAUGACAAUGAGCCUGGCAGGGCGAACAAAGUGCUAAACUGGCUAGCAAGACGCCAAGCCCUAAUGCCUGAGCCAGUUGAACAGGAACUUCAAACAGAAAACAGAAUAGAAACUAUUUCACAAAAUUCAGAUUCAUUGUUUUCAAGUCCUCUGUCAGCUGGCAGCAGUCACAGAAAACAUUCAAAACGCAAAAAAAGUGAUUUGGAAAAAACAUCAAAGUAUAAUAUGUCUUACUUGCCUGAAAGUGAAAUUUUACCUCAGGGAAAUGAAAUGACAUUUCAAACUCCGGUUUGGCAGUCUGCACCAGAUGUUGAUCACGGGCAGACUCAAGAAACCAUAGGUCAGUGCAUGAAUAUCAUUUUCGCUCAGCCGAUUGCCACUCGGGGAAGAUUGCCUUAUGGAAAAAAUACCCAGAAAAAGAGGCAAUUCAGGAAACAAGUGACAGAUUUCUUUUGAAAAUAAUGUUGUUAUUAUAAUGCUGUUAUUAUUUUUGUGGUAGUUAUAUCUCACUUUAGCAUGAAGUGUUCAAGGUGUGCUCCUUUUGACAGGCUAUGUCUGGUCUUCAGCAUCGUGCUUUGUCAAGUUUGAGCUUGUUUAUACUGCUUUACAUGCGAAAAUUUUUACCUCAGUCUUGAUACAAAUUAAGUCAGAAUGUUUAAAUUAAAAAUAUCUACGCUUUGUUGAAUUCAGGUUGAAUGAGGUCAAAUACUUGGUCACCAGUUCAAAAUUUAGAAGUAACUAAUAAACACUAUAUAUUCCUCAUUUGAAACCAUCAAUUCUUUAUUAAGGGCUCUCAAAUCAUAGUAAUUCCUUCUUAUUGUUGAUUGAAAUACAAAAAAAAAACAUUCGUUUGGAAAGAGGCUUUGUAUUUAUCAAAUCUUUACCAUAUAUAUGCAUUUAGGCAACAGUUUUUGUUUUUAUGCCCCCCUUCGAAGAAGAGGGGGUAUAUUGUUUUGCUCAUGUCGGUCGGUCUGUCGGUCCGUCCACCAGGUGGUUGUCAGACGAUAACUCAAGAACGCUUGGGCCUAGGAUCAUGAAACUUCUUAGGUACAUUGAUCAUGACUCGCAGAUGACCCCUAUUGAUUUUGAGGUCACUAGGCCAAAGGUCAAAGUCACGGUGGCCAGAAAUAGUAAAAUGGUUUUUGAAUGAUAACUCAAGAACGCAUACGCCUAGGAUCAUGAAACUUCAUGGGUAGAUUGAUCAUGACUUGCAGAUGACCCCUAUUGAUUUUGAGGUCACUAGGUCAAAGGUCAAGGUCACGGUGACCCGAAAUAGUAAAAUGGUUUCCGGAUGAUAACUCAAAAACGCUUGGGCCUAGGAUCAUGAAACUUCUUAGGUACAUUGAUCAUGACUCGCAGAUGACCCCUAUUGAUUUUGAGGUCACUAGGCCAAAGGUCAAAGUCACGGUGGCCAGAAAUAGUAAAAUGGUUUUUGAAUGAUAACUCAAGAACGCAUACGCCUAGGAUCAUGAAACUUCAUGGGUAGAUUGAUCAUGACUUGCAGAUGACCCCUAUUGAUUUUGAGGUCACUAGGUCAAAGGUCAAGGUCACGGUGACCCGAAAUAGUAAAAUGGUUUCCGGAUGAUAACUCAAGAACGCAUACGCCUAGGAUCAUGAAACUUCAUGGGUAGAUUAAUCAUGACUUGCAGAUGACCCCUAUUGAUUUUGAGGUCACUGUCAAAGGUCAAGGUCACGGUGAGCCGAAAUAGUAAAAUGAUUGCCGGAUGAUAUCUCAAGAACGCAUGCGCCUAGGAUCAUGAAACUUCAUGGGUAGAUUGAUCAUGACUAGCAGAUGACCCCUAUUGAUUUUGAGGUCACUAGGUCAAAGGUCAAGGUCACAGUGAGCCGAAAUAGUAAAAUGGUGUUCGGAUGAUAACUCAAGAACGCAUACGCCUAGGAUCAUGAAACUUCAUAGGUAGAUUGAUCAUGACUUGCAGAUGACCCCUAUUGAUUUUGAGGUCACAAGGUCAAAGGUCAAGGUCACGGUGACCCGAAAUAGUAAAAUGAUUUUCGGAUGAUUACUCAAGAACGCUUUUGCCUAGGAUCAUGACACUUCAUAGGUACAUUGAUCGUGACCCGCAGAUGACCCCUAUUGAUUUUGAGGUCACAAGGUCAAAGGUCAAGGUCAUGGUGACCCGAAAUAGUAAAAUGAUUUUCGGAUGAUAACUCAAGAACGCUUUUGCCUAGGAUCAUGACACUUCAUAGGUACAUUGAUCGUGACCCGCAGAUGACCCCUAUUGAUUUUCAGGUCACUAGGUCAAAGGUCAAGGUCACAGUGACAAAAAUCGUAUUCACACAAUGGCUGCCACUACAACGGACAGCCCAUAUGGGGGGCAUGCAUGUUUUACAAACAGCCCUUGUUUGAUUUGUUUCUUUUGUUAUUUUACAUGGAAGACAGUGUAAAUAGACGAAAAUAAAAAUGCUUUAUAUUUCAGUUUUAAUUAAUGGUAAUUCCUUGAAUAACAACUCUUGAAUAAAACAUAAUAAACGUGUUUAGCUGCAAUGCUCAUUUAGUUCAAUAGUUUCUGCACCAAACUUUCAAAAGAAAAUAGUUUUAAUAAUUGUUUGCCAAGUUAGAUAACAAGCCUUAUUGCCUCAUGAAUUUAGAAUUAUGUCCCUUGAAUAGGCUCCUACAUGAUACAAAAACUGAUCAUUUUAGUGUUUUCCACUGUGUUAAAUGGUUUGGUCAAUGAUCUAGCCACAUCAUCUUUUUUGUUCACCUAAACACAUUAUGCACUCAGCUCAAUGGGAAUAUAUGCAUUUGUAGAUAUACCGGUAUGUAUUGAAAUAAAGACUUGCUCACUGCAAACACUCGGACACAAAAAUAGUGUAGCCAUGGUAAACAGUAUAUAGGACAUUUUUAUGCCACCAGUAGGGUGGCAUAUAGCAGUUGAACUGUCUGUCAGUCUGUCCGUCUGUCCCAAAACUUUAAUAUUGGCCAUAACUUUUGCAAUAUUGAAGAUAGCAACUUGAUAUUUGGCAUUCAUGUGUAUAUCUCAUGAGGCAGCACAUUUUGAGUGGUGAAAGGUCAAGGUCAUCCUUCAAGGCCAAAAAAGUAAAAAAAUACAAUCCAAGGGAAGUAAUAAGCUUUAAAAGGGAGAUAAUUUCUAAACCUGCCAAAUAAUAUAUUGAAACUUUAUUUCAAAGCGGCGCAAUAGGGGGCAUUGUGUUUCUGACAAACACAUCACUUGUUAGUUCUUGUCUUAAAAUUUUGUUUUGAAAACAUGAAUCAUCAAAUAAUAAAAUUUUGAUUUGUAUUUUUCAUUUUCGCUGGAAUAAUCUUUUCAAUCCUAUGUUUGUGUACUUGAUUUGUUAAUGAGUUAUGUUGAGUUGUGUUCUUUAAAUUUCUGCCCAUUCCUUCCACAACAAAAAUAAUCAAUUAAAAAAUUGUAUGUUAAAGAUAUAGCCAUCAUCAUGGGAAGAUUUUUACCUGUUUUGCCAAAGUAGAACAAUCUCUGAUUUUUCAUGUUGUCAUGUACCAGGAAAUUUUUUAAAAACAUGUUUGGACAAUAUUUAACAAUAUAAACAUAUGCACAUUUAAUUGUGCAUGUUAAUUUUAUAAGAUGCUGUUAAUUUCACUUGUAUGUUUUAGUCCAGCACUGUCAUUUUUGUAAGUGUUUAGCUUCAGACACUUCUGAUUAUACAUUAUUUACGUUUAAAUGCAUCAUUAUGGAAUGCUUAACUCUUGUAAGCGACCCAGGGUGAUAUUGGCCCUUACUUCUGCUUAGUUUUCUUAUUAAACAGUUGAUUGAAACGCAAAGAAUUUAAAAAAAUGUAUGAUACGUUUUAAAUUAGUAAUUAAUAAACAAAAGUAAUGAUUUCUGCAGAGUUCAAACGUUUUUACCACAAAUUCAACAAAGUUACCGACUCUUAACUAUUAUCACAUUAGUGUGCAUAAUUGGUAAGAAAUCUAGAACAAUUUUUAGUUGUUCGCUUGCUGUUUAUAUAUUUGAAUGGCUUUUGUUAAUUUCAAACUUGCUAGUAAUUUGGAAAAUGAGUUGCCUUUAAGAUUAUGAAAUAGCGAACAACUUCAGUGCCUUCGGCGCUUUGAUUAUUAUAUCCAGCUCAGUUUGAAUCUUCAUACCAGGCAUUAGAUGUAUGACGUACCAUUUUUGUCGAAAGUCAACAAGACCUACUAGGUAAAAAGAGAAAUGUACUUCAUAUAUUGUACAAAAAUUUUACUUCAACGUACACAUAUGAAAUACACUUCGAACAAAGACCUGUCUUUGCUUCGAAGUAGAAAUAAAGUACAUAUUUGUACUUCGGACGUACAAAUUUUCUGAACAGCAAAUCAAAACACUCGUCUCUUGAGCCGCUUUUCUUUCAGAUUUAUUCAUAAUAAAUGUUUAAAAUAUCCUUUUUUAUUGAGGGAAAAAUGAAUAUAAAUAUCAAAAUUGAAAACAAACAAAUAAAAAGAUGUUUAAAGUAUUUAAUGCAUUGAAAUAGAUUAUAUACCAAUUUGAAGAAGAUAUAGGGUUACCUUUUUUAAAAUUAAAAUGACCAAGCAUAUUGUGAGUAUUUAUCACAGAGCGUAUAUUGUCAUCUAGAGUCCGUGGUAUUUAUUGACCAUGCGGGGCGGAGUAUCACGGUCCAGCGCAUAAGUUAACUGUGAGGGAAAUUCUCAACGAUAACCAAACAGUUACCAAACGAUUACGGGAUUUAAAAUGUAUAAUAACCUCCCUGGUUUGGUCGUAUUUUGUGAUAACCAUGAUUUGCACAAGUCAGAGAUUAAUUCCGCCACGCCAGGUCAAUAAAUACGCACACUAUGUGUUAGCGGUCGAUAGUCGCAUAAUUUGGUCUAAAUAAUACUAAUUAUAAUGUUCAAUGUCAAAUAUCUCUAAAAGCGUCAGAUGUAAGGCCUCUUCUGAUUGGCUAACACUCAAGGGUCGGUAAAAACUGUACCUCGAAGUACAAUUUUGUACGUCGAAGUACAUUUCUCUUUUUACCUAGAAGUCUUGUUGACUUUCGACCCAUAUAGAUGUAUUAGCUUUGUGCCCCGGAGGCUCUUGCCUUCGCAUUGCCCUUAGAUGGAAUGGCAUGGGGGCUGAUUCAGCAUCGGCAAUUUUCGGAUCCUUAUCGGCCUCCCUGCCGAUUUUGUUGCAGGGUUUAUUUUUAGUUUUAAAGUUUCUUGUCUUUGAUACGUUUUUAUGCUCCCCCAAAAAAAUUUGGGGGGAGCAUAAUUAUAGUCGCCGCUUCGUCUGUCCGUCCGUCCGUGUGUCCGUCCGUGCACAAUUUUUGUCCGGGCUAUUUCUCAACAACGAAUGACCGGAAUUCAAUGAAACUUUAUGGGAAGCUUCACUACCAAGAGGAGAUGUGCAUAUUAUCAGCGGGUUCUUGUCGGAUGAUUUUUCACAGAGUUAUGGCCAUUUGAAAUUUUCCAUUAACUGUACAUAUAGUGCAAUUCUUGUCCGGGCUAUUUCUCAGCAACUAAUGACCGGAAUUUAAUGAAACUUUAUGGGAAGCUUCACUACCAAGAGGAGAUGUGCAUAUUAUCAGCGGGUUCUGGUCGGAUGAUUUUUCACAGAGUUAUGGCCCUUUUAAAUUUUCCAUUAACUGUACAUAUAGUGCAAUUCUUGUCCGGGCUAUUUCUCAGCAACUAAUGACCGGAAUUUAAUGAAACUUUAUGGGAAGCUUCACUACCAAGAGGAGAUGUACAUAUUAUCAGCGGGUUCUGGUCGGAUGAUUUUUUUACAGAGUUAUGGCCCUUUGAAAUUUUCCAUUAACUGUACUUAUAGUACAAUUCUUGUCCGGACUAUUUCUCAGCAACUAAUGACCGGAAUUCAAUGAAACUUUAUGGGAAGCUUCACUACCAAGAGGAGAUGUGCAUAUUAUCAGCGGGUUCUGGUCUUAUGAUUUUUCACAGAGUUAUGGCCCUUUGAAAUGUUCCAUUAACUGUACAUAUAGUGCAAUUCUUGUCCAGGCUAUUUCUCUGCAACUAAUGACCGGAAUUCAAUGAAACUUUAUGGGAAGCUUCACUACCAAGAGGAGAUGUACAUAUUUAUUAUCAGCGGGUCCUGGUCGGAUGAUUUUUCACAGAGUUAUGGCCCUUUGAAAUUUUCUAUAAAAAAAGUUAUUGUCCCCCCCCCCCCCCCAACUACUGUGACCAUAAGACGUUUCCUUUUAUCUGAAUAUAUAGUGCAAUAUUGUGACCAAAAAAACCUUGGGGAGCCUCACCCGUCUCCGACGGUUUCUUGUUAAGUGGUAUUAUACUAAACAUAGAUGUAAAACAUGCUUUUUUAAUUUUCUACUUUGUGUACAAAAAUUCGUAUUUUUAUUGAAUCUUCCGAGUAUAAUCUUUAAAGCGUAUUUAGUAGUUAUAUAAUAAACACGUUCUUUCGUUUUUCAAGUUCAUGUCAAUUAAAUAAAAAAUAAUAAUUCUA